AUGGCCGAGGAUGCCAAGUCAAAGGUUGGUACCGAUGCGAAGGUCGUUGUGGCCAAAAAGUAUACUGGGGAAUAUUACGUUCGUGGUCUGAUGGGCGAUAGGAAAACCUUUGCAAUUGAGCAUUCACACGCUCGUCAGAAGAAGCAUUCUGUGGAUGAGUUUUGUGUUGGUGAUGUUAUCGGACGAGGUUCCUUUGCUGAGGUUUAUCAAUGCUGGAGACCCGACGAUCCAGAAGUUAUAUAUGCCAUGAAAAAAAUUCGCAAAGACUUGAUUAUACAACGUCAACAGUCUCUUAAUAUUCACACUGAACGUGAUCUUCUCUCGGAUGCUAAAUUACGACAGAGACGGGUAGGUUGUCCAUGGGUUACAGAUCUCGUCGUCACGUUCCAGGACCCAGAAUAUCUUUAUAUAAUAACUGAAUAUUGUUCUGGAGGAGACAUGAUUUCUUGGCUGAUUCGUCAAGACGUCUUUCCAGAGAGCACGGCAAAAUUUUAUAUAGUAGAGCUCGUUUUGGCUUUGAACUCUCUACAUAAAAUGGGUUAUGUCCAUAGAGAUGUAAAACCUGACAAUAUUCUCAUUGAUCGAGAUGGUCAUAUAAAGUUAGCUGAUUUUGGUUUGUCAAAAAGAGAUCCAGAGUGGUUGGAGAGCCUUUGCCGUUUGGAUUAUGCUGCAAUGUGUGAUGAUGCUGCCGACACGAAAUCCCGUUUUAAGGAUAGGAAGGAAAGGAGAGCUAUAUUCUUUUCAACUGUUGGCUCUCCGGCAUAUAUUGCCCCUGAAGUUUUGCUUGGCCGGGGAUAUAGCUAUUCGUGUGAUUGGUGGAGUGUGGGAAUCAUCCUAUAUGAAAUGCUUUGCGGAUAUCCACCAUUUUUUAGUGACAGCAAAACAGUUACGGCCAAAAAAAUAGUUCGUUUUAAAGAAUAUUUAGGUUUUCCUCAGGAGCCUGAUGCAUUGUCAUCCGAUGCUGUUGAUUUAAUUACCCAUUUAAUUGCUGAUCCAGAGGAGCGCUAUGGGUUUGAAGAAAUUUUGCGACAUCACUUUUUUGAUGGGGUCACUGUUACAGACAGUAUUCGCCACGAAAGGGCACCAUUUUAUGUGGAGUUAUCUCAUGCGAGGGAUCGGCAGUAUUUUGAACCAGCUCCUGAUAAUGCUGCCAUCCAGCAACAACCUCUUGUUACUGUCUCUAGAGAGGAUCAAGCUGUAUUUGUUGGAUUUACAUCCAAGUUAUCUGACCGAGGCCAGUCCACGACGCUUUCAGGAGCUCUUGGCAAAUUUCAUGAGUUACAAGACUUUUCUGAUGAAGAUUGA